ACUGCCACCUCUGCCUGGCAUGUAUACGAAGGAAAAAUAAACACAAAGUGUGGAUUUGAAUUAAAAUACAAUGCUGGAGGGCUGGUACUGUCGGUCCCUGGCCAACCAGGGGGAGGCCGCCAUCAAGGACGAGCCACAACAGCCGGAGAGCGAUGACGAACCACCACCGCCGGCGAGAGAUCGUGUGCAGGCAACAGCGCAUGGUACGGCGCUAGCGAGUUCAUCUUCUGCAUCCGCGGGAAUGGGAAUUGGCGGGGGCAUCGCCGUGGACUACAAGGAGCGCUACAAGAACCUGAAGAAGAAGCUCAAAUUCCUCAUCUACGAGAAUGAAUAUUUCCAGGAUCUGUUGCACACAAAUCAGCGGAGGCUUCUGAAAGUGUCCCGGGAUCGCACAUUCCUACUAGAUCGCCUGCUGAUGUACGAGAAACCCGCCAAGGACUCCAGUGACAGCGAUGCCACGGACAGCUCCGAUUCGGAGCCAGAGAACGCCGCAGCAUCCACUUCUGGGGUAACCGGAGGUUCCCAAACACCCAAAGAAACAAUACGCCGAAAGCACAAAGACAAGGGAGCACCUGGAGUACCAGGAAUGCCCCCGCACAUGCCCACAGUGGGGGCCACACGGGGUCGGAGGCGAAAAAUUUUAACCGGAAUGAUGCCAUCGAACCACGGAAUGCAGGCUGCUGCCGCGAAAAGGCAGCUCACGGCCACUGUUUCACCCUCGCAGCAGCUACAGCAACAACAAAUGCCCACUGCCUCCAAAGAGGCUUCACCUGGAUUAAGCACAGCCGAAAUUGCUCGCCAGCUGCAGGAGCGACGGCCCACGCCCAUUGAACUGAUGAGUCCUGAGUGUACCUCGGCCACUGUCCCCACCACGAUGCUCAGCGAUGAAAGUCCCUCCAAGUGCUAUCCCAAUGAGAGCCUGCAGCACCUGAUGGAGGACGAUGAGGUGGCCGCUGAGGAGUGCGUGCCCAUGGAGUACACCAGUUAACAAUGAAACUCGGCUAUAUCUUAUUUUGGCUUAUCUAUUAAAUUAACAAGAACGACAUUUUCACCGCGAA